UCAAACCCUAGUUUAAAAAUAACGCAUAUCAAUUCUAGGACAAUGGUAUCAACAAAUGACCAAUUAGAAGCACUUGAACUCUUUCAAGGUCAAUCUCUCUUAUACACACACAUGUAUGCAUCUCUAAAACCCAUGUCUCUCAAAUGUGCUGUUCAACUAAACAUUCCAGAAAUAAUAUAUAACCAUGGAAAACCCAUUACUCUCCCUGACUUAGUUUCAACUCUAAAAGUUCCACUAGCUAAGUCUAGUCUUGUCAAAAGACUCAUGCGAUUUCUAGCACACAUUGGAAUCUUUGCAAUCCAUGGGAAAGGAGAAGAUGAUCAUGAUCAAACAUAUGCUUUGACUCCUGCAUCAAAGCUCCUUUCAAAAUCAUGCAGCAAAGACCAUUGUUUAACACCAAUGGUUCUUAUGUGUACUGAUCCAAUUUUUAUGAGUUUAUUUCAUCAAUUGGGUGAUUUGAUUCAUGGGGAAGUUCCAAAUUUAUCUGAGGGAGCCUUAGGAGUAACUUUGUGGGAAUUUUUGGAGGAAAAACCUGCAUAUAGUAGUCUCUUCAAUGAAGCCAUGGCAAGUAAUUCUCAAAUGGUAAGCUUGGCUUUGAAAAAUUGUAGUGAGGUCUUUGAGGGGAUAGAAUCUAUUGUGGAUGUUGGUGGUGGAAAUGGAACGACGGCUAAAAUUAUAUGUGAGGCUUUUCCUAAGGUCAAAUGUCUUGUUUUUGACGUUCCACAUGUUGUCGCAAACUCAUCAUGUGAGAGUCAAAAUGUAAGUUAUGUUGGUGGGGACAUCUUCAAAUCUAUCCCCAAAGCUGAUGCAAUUAUGUUAAAGUCAAUUUUACAUGACUGGAGUGAUGAAAAUUGCAUAAAGAUUCUGAAAACUUGUAAGGAUUCUGUUUCAAGCAAGGGCAGAAAAGGAAAAGUGAUUAUUAUAGAUAUACUAAUAAAUGAAAAGGAUGAUGAGAAAGAUAUUACUCAACAAAAUCUGAUUAUGGAUAUAAGUAUGAUGGCAUUUGAUGGUGGAAAAGAGAGAACUGAAAAAGAAUGGAAGCACCUCUUCAUUGAAGCAGGGUUCAAAGACUACAAAAUAUUUCCAUUAUUUUCCUAUGAAUCUCUUAUUGAAGUCUAUCCUUAGGUGUACUCCCUUAGGAGUGCUGAUAUGAUGAUAAAUAAUAGUGAUGGACUGCUGCAUUCGCAUAUCUUAACAAAUGUGUUACACAAAUUCUCAAGUAUAUUUGACAACUUUACACUUUUAAAGAGCAUUAAAUUAUAAUCUACCUCAUAAAAAAAAUUACGCAUCAACGUAAAUGUUACAUGCAAU